CCCCUCCUGCUCGCGCCUCACUUCCUGUGUGAGCUCAGCACCCACCUGCACCCUGGGCCGUGGUCUGUGUCCCUGGCUGCCAGGCGAGGGUGGGAGCAGCGCCUCGCAGGAUCCCUGGGGCACCUGAACUGGCUGUGGCUUGGCCCCAGCUGUGCCCUCCCCGCGCCCCCCACCUCCAGGACCAUGGGCUCCCUGUUCCGGAGUGAGGAGGUGGCGCUGGUCCAGCUCUUCCUGCCCACGGCAGCCGCCUACACCUGCGUGAGCCAGCUGGGUGAGCUGGGCCUCGUGGAGUUCAGAGACCUCAACGCCUCCGUGAGCGCCUUCCAGAGACGCUUUGUGGGGGACGUGCGGCGCUGUGAGGAGCUGCAGAAGACCUUCACCUUCCUGCAGGAGGAGGUGCGGCGGGCCGGCCUGGCGCUGCCCCCGCCCGAGGGGGAGCUGCCGGCGCCCCCGCCCCGGGACCUGCUGCGCAUCCAGGAGGAGACGGAGCGGCUGGCACAGGAGCUGCGGGAUGUGAGAGGCAACCAGCAGGUGCUGCGGGCCCAGCUGCACCAGCUGCAGCUCCACGCCGCCGUGCUGGGCCAGGCCCACAGCCCCCAGGCCGCUGCCCACGCCGAUGGCCCCUCAGAGAGGAUUCCCCUGCUUCAGGCCCCUGGGGGGCCGCACCAGGACUUGAAGGUCAACUUCGUGGCAGGUGCGGUGGAGCCGCACAGGGCCGCGGCCCUGGAGCGCCUGCUCUGGAGAGCCUGCCGGGGCUUCCUCAUCGCCAGCUUCAAGGAGACAGAGCAGCGGCUGGAGGACCCGGUGACGGGUGAGCCUGCCGCGUGGAUGACCUUCGUCAUCUCCUACUGGGGCGAGCAGAUCGGACAGAAGAUCCGGAAGAUCACAGACUGCUUCCACUGCCACGUCUUCCCCUUCCUGGAGCCAGAGGAUGCGCGCCGCGGGGCCCUGCAGCAGCUGCAGCAGCAGAGCCAGGAGCUGCAGGAGGUGCUGGGGGAGACGGAGCGGUUCCUGGGCCAGGUGCUGGGCCGGGUGCAGCGGCUGCUGCCCGCCGCGCAGGUGCAGGUCCGCAAGAUGAAAGCCGUGUACCUGGUGCUCAACCAGUGCAGCGUGAGCAGCACGCACAAGUGCCUCAUCGCCGAGACCUGGUGCGCCACGCGGGACCUGCCCACGCUGCAGCAGGCGCUGCGCGACAGCUCGGGCGAGGCGGGAGUGAGUGCCGUGGCACACCGCAUCCCGUGCCAGGACGCGCCCCCCACCCUCAUCCGCACCAACCGCUUCACCGCCAGCUUCCAGGGCAUCGUGGACGCCUACGGCGUGGGCCGCUACCAGGAGGUGAACCCCGCGCCCUACACCAUCAUCACCUUCCCCUUCCUCUUCGCGGUGAUGUUUGGCGACGUGGGCCACGGGCUGCUCAUGUUCCUCUUCGCCCUGGCCAUGGUGCUGGCUGAGAACCGGCCGGCCGUGAAGGCGGCGCAGAACGAGAUCUGGCAGACCUUCUUCGGGGGCCGCUAUCUGCUGCUGCUCAUGGGCCUCUUCUCCGUCUACACCGGCUUCAUCUACAACGAGUGCUUCAGCCGCGCCACCACCAUCUUCCCCUCGGGCUGGAGCGUGGCCGCCAUGGCCGAGCAGUCUGGCUGGAGUGAUGCCUUCCUGGCUCAGCACCCCAUGCUCACCCUGGACCCCAACGUCACCGGCGUCUUCCUGGGACCCUACCCCUUUGGCAUUGACCCUGUCUGGAGCCUGGCCACCAACCACCUGAGCUUCCUCAACUCCUUCAAGAUGAAGAUGUCCGUCAUCCUGGGGGUUACCCACAUGGCCUUCGGGGUGCUGCUGGGGGUCUUCAACCACGUGCACUUCGGCCAGGGGCACCGGCUGCUGCUGGAGACGCUGCCCGAGCUCGUGUUCCUGCUGGGGCUGUUCGGCUACCUCGUGUUCCUGGUGCUCUACAAAUGGCUGUGCGUCUCGGCCGCCGGCGCCGCCAGCGCCCCCAGCAUCCUCAUCCACUUCAUCAACAUGUUCCUCUUCGCCCGCAGCGCCACCAACCGGCCGCUCUUCCCCGGGCAGGAAGUGGUCCAGUCCGUCCUAGUGCUCUUGGCCUUGGUCAUGGUGCCGGUCCUGCUGCUGGGCACGCCCCUGUACCUGCUGCGCCAGCACCGCCGGCGUGCACAGAGACGGCCUGCCGGCCCCCAGGGGGACAAGGCCGGGCUCCUGGACUCGCCCGAGGUGUCUGUGAAUGGCUGGGGCUCUGAUGAGGAGGCGGCUGGGUGCCCGGGGGAAGACACAGAGGCUGAGUUUGUGGCCUCGGAGGUGUUCAUGCACCAGGCCAUCCACACCAUCGAGUUCUGCCUGGGCUGUAUCUCCAACACAGCCUCCUACCUGCGCCUCUGGGCGCUCAGCCUGGCCCACGCCCAGCUGUCGGAGGUGCUGUGGGCCAUGGUGAUGCGCGUGGGCCUGGGCAUGGGCCGGGAAGUGGGCGUGGCGGCCGUGGUACUGGUGCCCGUCUUUGCCGCCUUCGCUGUGCUGACCGUGGCCAUCCUGCUGGUGAUGGAAGGGCUCUCGGCCUUCCUGCACGCCCUCCGGCUGCACUGGGUGGAGUUCCAGAACAAGUUCUACGAGGGCACCGGCUACAAGCUGAGCCCCUUCACCUUCGCCGUGGAGGACGACUAGCGCCCAGUGGGGAGCAUGCCGGCGCUGGCCUGGGACGCAAUAAAGAGGCGUGGGCCCCGGAGCUGGGCGCUGUGUUGGUCCCGUCUGUAACGCCAGGGCUGGCUGAGGUCCACUGGCCCCGUGGCCGCCUCCACUCCAGUGAGGCUGACGGGGAUGCACCUGCAGGAACUCCAGGUUCUUGACAGAGUGGGGGCGCAUAGGGUGGGCUUCCAGCAUGCUCCAGCUCAGAGCCGUCUCCUUUCUGCACGCUGGUGUGCGCCUUAGGGGCUUGAGGUGUUGUGAGGCAGAGAGGAGAGUGGGCCCCCGAGCCAGCCCAGGGCUGUGGGACCCCGGGGGGUCACACCCCCAAGGCAAGGCCACAGCCCUGUAGGGAAAGGUGGGGCUCCAAGCCCUUGUCUCGCCCGCCCCUUCCUGGGCCUCGGUCCUGUGGGGAGGGCCGGCCUCCUGCCGUUCUACGUGCAGAGCCCCGCUUCCCACAGGCCUUGAUCUUGGCGGCCAGGGAUUUUGCCAAAUGGUUCCUGCGGCUGGAGGCCCAUGGGCCGACUGGGGUGCAGCAGACAGCCCGCUGUGGGACUGGAGGCAGGCUGGGGCGCAGAGUUCCCGGGCUGUCCACGUCCUGGCUGGCUCAGCUCGGAGGCUCUGGUUAGGAACGGGAGGGGGGAUGGGUCUGAACCAGCUUUACACCUUCCCGGGGAGCAGAGCUGGGCACAGACCCUGGGGGAGAGCGGGCGUGUGUGU